ACUAUGUUAGAUAACAAUUGUAUCACAAUCUUACGAGGUUUAUGUUUCUAGAUUUACAAUGAUUUAAAAGAAAAGAAAACAAGGAUAUUGUUGUUUGAAUUCGCAAAAAUGAAUGACUUGAUUUCGAAUUCCUUUAAAAAAUACACCGAUUUGAAGGAACACGCGUACAUUGAAGAUGUGGAGGCAGGGAAUAGAGAAAGUGUCAAUCUUGACAAGUUUUUUGAAGAUGUGGAGAAUAUAAAAUCAGACAUGAAAAUAAUUGAAGUAUAUUAUAGGAAAUUACAAGAGGCUAAUGAGGAAAGUAAAACGGUUCACAAUGCUAAAACAAUGAAAGAUCUUCGCGCCCGAAUGGACAAAGAGGUAGAACAAGUCCUUAAACGUGUCAAAUUAAUUAAAGGAAAACUUGAAGCUUUGGAACGAUCAAAUGCAGCGAAUAGAAAAAUUCCAGGGUGUGGUCCUGGUUCGUCGGCCGAUAGGACUAGAACUUCAGUGGUUAGUGGGUUAGGGAAGAAACUCAAAGAUAUGAUGGAUGAUUUUCAAGGUUUGAGAGGUAGAAUGCAAAUGGAGUAUAAGGAAACAGUUGAAAGAAGAUAUUUUACGAUAACGGGAGAGAGAGCAGAUGAUGAAACUAUAGAUAAUUUAAUAGCAAGUGGAGAAAGUGAAAAUUUUAUGCAAAAGGCAAUUCAAGAACAAGGUAGAGGUCAAAUAAUGGACACAAUAACUGAAAUUCAAGAAAGGCAUGAUGCUGUUAAGGAAAUAGAGAAGAAUUUGAUUGAGUUGCAUCAAGUGUUUUUGGAUAUGGCUGCUUUGGUGGAGUCUCAAGGACAACAACUUAAUAACAUUGAGAGCCACGUUGCACAUGCUAGUUCUUUUGUGAGAAGAGGGACAGAACAACUUGUGGAAGCUAGAGUGCAACAAAAGAGUUCUAGGAAGUGGACAACUUAUGCAAUAAUUCUUAGUAUUGUUUUAGUUUUUGUGAUUCUAUUUCCUCUUUUGGCGUCACUUUUACCUCAUUUGUUAAGAUGAAGGGGGUGAGAUACAAAUCAAGACUCUUGAUAAGAUUUUUGAUUGACCACCAUGAAUGUAGUCGAGAUUUUAAAUUAUGGUCGCGUUAUGAUCUCUGAUAUGAAAGAAAAUUGUAAUUAAAUGUGGAUGAUUGGACAAUAAUUAUUGUUGUAUUUUGAUAGCUCGGAUGUCAAAAUGUAUAA